AUGACAGAAACAAUCCCCGGUCCUCGUGGACUUCCGCUCAUCGGCAACCUCCUGGACAUCUGGGAAGACCGAUCCAUCCCUAUCCGUGGCCUCGAGCGUCUGGCGUCCAUGUACGGUCCCAUCUUUCAAGUUACGAUCAACGGCCAGCGACGUGUCGUCUGCAGUUCAGCUUCUCUGCUUGAGGAGCUGAUUGACGAGAAACGCUUCGUCAAGAUCCCACCUCCCACGCUCGCGGCAAUCCCAGGUCCUAAAGGACUCUUCGUCGCCCGAAAUGAAGAUCCAGACUGGGCUCAAGGUCAUCGAAUUCUCAUGCCGGCAUUUGCUCCUCUGUCCGUUCAAGAAAUGUUCUCCGACAUGAAGGACAUUGCCAAUCAACUUAUAUUGUCUUGGGCGAGGAAAGGGCCCGAGAAUAGGAUUUUGGCCACGGCAGACUUCACCAAACUCACCCUGGACACUAUCGCGUUAUGUACCAUGAGCUACAGAUUCAACUCAUUUUACUCCGACACAAUGCACCCCUUCGUGCAGGCCAUGGACUUCAUCUUCAAGGAGAACACGGCAAAGUCAAGCAGACCUGCGUUUAUCCAAAGCCUCAUGUUCAAGGCAAACGCGCAGUUUGAAGAAGCUCGAAAAGUGUUACGGGAAACCGGUAAAUCCAUUAUUGAAGGCCGCAGGACCAAUCCGACCGACAAGAAAGAUGUCUUGAACACUAUGAUCUAUGGCAAAGAUCCCAAGACAGGAGAGGUGAUGCGGGACGAACUUAUUGUUGAACAGAUGAUCACGUUCCUUAUUGCCGGACACGAAACCACUUCCGGAAUGCUCUCCUUUGCCAUCAUGCAGCUGUUGAAGCACCCUGACGCCUACCUCAAAACGCAGAGAGAGAUCGACGAAGUUAUUGGUGAUAGAGCGAUCGAAGCCGGCGACAUGCACAAGCUGAAGUACCUCAAUGCGGUCCUUCGAGAGACAUCUCGCCUUAAUCCCACGGUGCCUGUCCUUCAGAAGCACAUCAACCCUGCUAUCAGCCAUCAGAUCGUCACACUCGAUGCCGGAAGAUACAUGGUCGAACCCUCAGACCACGUCGUUUGUCUCGUGGGCAAAACUCAGAGAGAUCCAAAGGUUUGGGGAGAAAGCGCCGAAGAGUUUGAUCCCGAUCGCAUGCUGGACGAGAACUUCGACAAGAUCACGGCAGAACAUCCUGGUUGUUGGAAACCGUUCGGCAACGGGAAGAGAGCCUGCAUUGGACGGCCUUUCGCCUGGCAAGAAGCUAUGCUCGUGCUCGCAAUGAUCUUUCAGAACUUCGACGUCACGUUUGAUGACCCCAGCUACAAGCCAGUUGUCAAACAAGCGCUGACGGUCAAACCGGACAACCUUUACAUCCGGGUCACGCCGCGGAAAAGUAUGAAUGCAACAGCAAUGGACAAUUUAAUUCAUAGCAACGGCGUGAAAGAGCACCUAGCCGAGCCUACAUUGGGUCGUAGCAGACCAUCGGACGCAACCAAGCCGAUGACAAUUCUUUAUGGCUCGAAUACUGGCACUUGUCAGGCCUUUGCCCUCCGGCUUGCUUCAGAUGCAGGGGCUCGCGGAUUCAAUGCCGAGGUGUAUGACUUGGACAGUGCAACAAACUCGGUGCCCAAGGAUCGUCCAGUCAUCGUCAUUACGUCGUCUUAUGAAGGACAGCCGCCAGACAAUGCCGCCAGGUUCGUCGAAUGGCUCUCCAGCUGCCAACCUGGCUCCUUGAGUGGCACGCAAUAUACAGUCUUCGGGUGUGGCCAUCGUGACUGGAGCCAGACUUUCCACCGCAUUCCAAAACUUGUGGAUACUCUCCUUGAAGGUGCAGGCGCAACACGAAUUGCUUCCGUCGGACUUGCAGAUGCUUCCAGGGGGAAUAUUUACGGGGACUUCGAAGAGUGGGUUGAUUCAUCCCUGUGGGCGACUCUCACAACUGGCGAUAGUCAUGGAGCCAAUCUGGCUACGAGAGUCGAAAUAUCCACCAGUGCUCGCUCGUCGAACCUGCGCUACGAUGUUAGCCUCGCCACUGUCAAGGAGAAUCGAGUUCUUACAGCCCAAGGGGAACCGACCAAGUGCCAUAUGGAGAUUGAGCUUUCCCUUGAUUCAACGUACCGGUGUGGAGAUUACCUGGCGAUUCUGCCACUCAAUUCCGAAAAGAUUGUGAAGCAGAUCAUGGCUCACUUCAGCCUACCGGGAGACGCGGUCAUAACGAUCAAAGCCACCGGCCCUUCCACGAUCCCUACAAAUACCCCGUUAUCGGUGUUUGAUGUCCUCCGAAGCUACGUCGAGUUGUCACAGCCAGCAACUAAAAAGAACAUUAACACCUUGGCAAACCUCUCCGACAACGCAUCGGAGAAAGCGGUCUUGCAGAGUCUGGCCAACGAAGACAUGCAGUUUGAACAGGAAAUCACGCAGAAGAGAACAAGCGUGUUCAACCUUCUGACCAGAUAUUCGUCCAUCAACCUACCAUUCGGGGAAUUUCUCGGUCUGCUCCCACCGUUGCAGCUCCGGCAGUACUCGAUAUCAUCAUCACCUCUGGCCAACCCGCAUACAUGCACGAUUACUUACGGCGUGAUCGACGCUUCCGCUCUUGCCAAUCCUAGUCAGCGCUUCGAAGGCGUGACCGGCACGUACCUCCGGGGUCUCCAAGCGGGUGACUCGAUCCAGGUCAGUAUCCGACCAACAGCCAAGAAGACGUUCCGCCUGCCUCCCGAUCCAGAACAAGUUCCACUGCUCAUGUUUGCUGCUGGGACGGGGAUUGCUCCUUUCCGCGGGUUCCUCCAAGAACGAGCUCUUCAGAUCGAAUCCAACCCAGACAGAAAGCUGGCCCCUGCGCUUUUGUUCUUGGGGUGUCGCAGUCCGACCAAAGACAGACUAUAUGCUCAGCAGCUCGAUGGGUGGGUCAGAAAUGGUGUCGUAGACAUCAGAUACGCGUUCAGCCAGGAGAAGGAAGCAUCCGAGGGUUGUUCAUAUGUGCCAGACCGAAUGAUCCACGAUGCGAUUGACCUUGUCGAGAUCUGGAGGAAUGGAGCUCGUGCAUAUGUAUGUGGAACGCGGAAGUUCGCGGAGGGAGUACGUGGUGCGGCCACCAAAAUUGCAGCCAUGGUCGGGGAUAACCAGCAUCAGCGGACCGAAGUCGAGCAGGAAGAGCUCCAAAAGCGGUUCCGGGAGGCAUUGGAGACCAGAGUUGCCAGUGAUGUCUUUGAUUGA